AUGUCGAGCUCGUUCCAGCCACACCCAUCCCUGAUCGGCGACAACCAAGCCAAAAGCAUCGCCGCUAUAGUGUUUAUCUCGAUCGCAUUAUACAACGCGCUGGAGCUGAUGGUCCUCAUCCCACUGACCUUCAAAACCUACCGCAGCCUCUACUUCUGGUCGCUCCUCCUAUCAGCCGUACUAGGCAUCAUCCCAACCAGCCUAGGAACGUCCUUUCAAUUCUUCGCACUCGCACCACUAUGGUUAAGCCUCCUUCUCUCGAAUAUCGGCUUCAUAAUGCUCGUCCCAACCCAAUCGGUAGUCCUCUACUCCCGUCUCCACCUGAUCUCCACCAACUACCGCCUCCUCCGCGCUCUAAAAUGGCUCAUCAUAAUCGACACAAUCAUCCUCGUCAUCCCAACCGUCACCCUCAACUUCGGCUCGGAAUACUUCUCCUACAUACCAUCAUGGGUGCGCGCAUUCGACGUAGUAGAAAAGAUCCAAGUCACUUGGUUCGCCGCGCAAGAAACCCUCAUCUCAGGCGUGUACAUCUACGAAACAGUCGCAAUACUCCGAAUAAGUCCACAAGAAAACAAGAGACGACAUAAGAUCCUGUACGAGCUGAUCGCGAUCAAUGUCACGGCGAUCUGCAUGGAUGUCGCGCUGCUGGUGUUGGAGUAUAUGGGCUUUUAUUUCACACAGAUCAUCUUCAAAGCGUUGGUGUAUAGUAUCAAGCUCAAGUUGGAGUUUGCUGUGUUGAGCAUGUUGAUUUCUAUGGUGCAUUCGGGUUCUUCGCAUGGCGAACAGCCGAGUUCGGAUAGGUCGCAUUUCCUGGGGUGA